UGGUUGAUUCAUCCUCUUCGUCGCAGAAGCGGUUUGUUUAGAAUCUCUCGGUAGCUCUCAGUUGCUAACGCACCUGUUGAACCUAAUAAGUAUCGUUGUAUACUUCGUGGGUUAGGUGGCUACCUCAAGAAAUAUGGAUGAUUCUGCGAAACGCUUACUGCAACGACUGGUGCGACGGAUCCCGACUCAGAUGCUGAGAGACACGCUGGACAAGUGGGAGCGUCUGACCGCUAAGCAGCGAGAAUUUGUAGAUUUUACUCAGUCAAAAUGGACUAUAACACAAGAGCUACUCGCCGUUUGUGAGGAAAGGGAACUGAGUGUGAAACACAUCGCAGAACUUGAGAUGAUAUAUGUCAUAGGGAAUCCUAACCAGGGAAUGUGGCACACCUUCCAGCUUGUGGAUGCUGAGGACGAUGCUCAUUCUCUGGAGCUAGUGCAAUUCAAGGAGCAAUUCAAAUCCCAUCUCAGUGAGCUCAAAAGAAACGUGGCGGUCAAAAUUAAGAAGCACACAGACGAAGCUGUUUGGAUCCGUAUCGCCUGGGGAGACACAUUUUCUCGGCCUAACCACCUGAAAGCAACAUAUGUUGUUCAUUAUCUUCAGACCCCUUUUGUUUUUGUGAGCGGCCUCCUUUCAAAGCAUAAGCCCCUGCUCUUGCAGGCGUUGACUUUGUCCACCAGACAUCAAGGAAUUAAGGAUGCUAACCUGAGUGGACAGAAGCUGACUGCCAUCAGGGACCUGCUGAUGAGACAAUAUCAACAUGUGUUUCCAACAAAGUAUCCCAGCCCCCUUGCAGAGAGGAAUCGAAGCGUCUCAAGCUUUGUGCACUUAGAUCCGCACAUUGAAAAUGAGCAAGCUGAGGCAUCAGCUAACAGACAUCGAAUGGCAGGAGAAGCUUUCGGCAAUGGGAUGUUACCUGCUUUACAGUCUGCAGUCUACAAGCUGGAAACAAAAUUUAGAGACCUCACUAAUGAAACCAUGACAGAACGGGAUAAGCCAUUGAGAUGUGUUGUGAAGUUUUCAAGCCCUAACAUCCUGGAGUCACUUAGACACUGUGCAUCCACAGGAAUUGCUUCAACUCCUGUCACACCCUUGCUGUCAUCUAUUCCCCUGAAAGGACGGAACUAUUUUGUCAUCACAGACAAUGCUCCUAGUGCCAGCUCCCAAAUGUGCCAAACGCAGGACUGAUGUAUAACUUGGCCAUGUCUUGAAUGACUCAAAAUUUCUUCCCUACUCUUGGUGUUAUUAUAUUUAGUCCAACAGCCAUUUGCAGUUAACUUUGUACCCAUAGAGAAAGUUUAAGGGAACCCUAGUCAUUUAAUAUAUCUCUCUUCUUCAAGACUUAUUUUAUUUUUUUGUGUUGUCUUAUGUCAUGGGAAUCUGGAUUUUUAAAGCUAGUGGCUUUUGUUUUUACUCUAUGCCUCAAAUGGUAAGUAAUGGACAAUUGGUAUUUGUUGUAUUACUGUUUGUUCAGUUCUUAAACAUUAUAUAAAAACAGGCUUUAAUAUAUUCUGCAUACUAAAUUCAUGAUGCAUUGUCAAACAUUUUAUGUCAUUCUUUUUAACCUUAACAUUAGUUAUUAUUCCAUUGACAUGCAUUCUAAUUUUGGUUAGGCUGUAGUGGUCUUCGUCAGACACAAUUUUGGAGAUAAAACCCUCCCAAAUACAUUUAAGUACUUACAUCCACUUUAUUUUGUAGCUGUUUUGAAAUUGUCAACUUGAAAUGAAGCAAGCCCUUUCUAACCUUAUACCCAUAAAAAUGUUAGAAUGAAGUCACAUUUUUAUUUUAUGUACAUAUUCUUAUAUGCCACAAAAUGAAGUUAACACUGUAGUUGUUUUUUUUUUUUUUUCUUUUUAUAUAAUGAACAUUUUACAUGUGAUUUCUGUUUUGCACAUUGUUUGUUCAAAUCUAAUAAAACGGCAUAGCUUUAGAACAAAA